GAUUUUACCUUCUGAACCAGAAGACACACUGUAUACAUGGAAGCAGAAAACCACACAGGAUUAUCACAGUUCCUCCUCCAGGGCUUGUCCGAUGACCCUGAAUUGCAGCCUGUUCUCUUUGGACUGUUCCUUUCCAUGUACCUGGUCACCAUCCUGGGAAACCUGCUCAUUAUCUUGGCUAUGAGCACUGACCCCCACCUCCACACCCCUAUGUACUUCUUCCUCUCCACCCUGUCCUUCACUGAUGUCUGUUUAAUCUGCACCACGGUCCCAAAGUUGCUGGUGAACAUCCAGGCACAGAACAAGGACAUCUCCUACAUACAGUGCCUCACUCAGGUGUAUUUUUUUCUUCUCUUUCUUGGGAUGGAUAAUUUCCUACUGACUGUGAUGGCUUUUGACCGCUUUGUGGCCAUCUGCCACCCGCUGAACUACACCAUCAUCAUGAACCCCUGGCUCUGUGUCCGCCUGGUUCUCAUGUCUUGGCUCAUCAUGUUCUGGGUCUCCCUCAUUCAUGUUCUGCUGUUGAAUCAACUGACCUUCUCCACAGGCACUGAAAUCCCACAUUUUUUCUGUGAACUGUCUCAUCUUCUCAAGGUGGCCAGCUCUGAUACCCUUGUCAACAACAUCUUUCUGUAUGUGGUGGCUGCCCUGCUGGGUGUGUUCCCUGUCACUGGGAUUCUCUACUCUUACUCUCAGAUUGUCUCCUCCUUAAUGAGAAUGUCCUCCUCUGUGAGCAAGUAUAAAGCAUUUUCCACCUGUGGGUCUCACCUCUGUGUGGUUUCCUUGUUCUAUGGAACAGGAUUUGGGGUUCACCUCAGUUCUGCUGUGACCCAUUCUUCCCAGAGAACCAUGAUUGCCUCAGUGAUGUACACUGUGGUCACCCCCAUGCUGAACCCCUUCAUCUACAGCCUGAGGAACAAGGAUAUGAACAGGGCCCUGGGGAGACUCCUCAGCAAAGCAGCUUCUUCUGUUUGA